AUGGCCAUUGAAGCUUCGUCUACCACUGUCCCUGUGGCCGUUACAAAUAACUGUAUCGAUACCAAGAUGCUUGCCAUUCAUGCCAAGGAGGUGAAACCAGCGGUGACCGAGGCCACUCGGGCCAACAACGACGAGGAAAAAACUGAAGAAGGCCUCUUUUCAGCCUCCUAUAUAUCUCCCGAGGUUGUCUCCUUGCUUCCGGAGAACUAUACUCUCCGCCCACUUCGCCGCUCAGACUACCAGAACGGCUUCCUCGAUGUUCUCAGCGUUCUCACCAAGGUUGGAGAGUUCACCCCCGAGCUCUGGAACGAAAGAUAUGACUGGAUGGCCAAGCGCAAUGAUGAGUAUUAUAUCCUUGUUAUUUGCGACGGUACCGGCCGAGUUGUUGGCACUGGUAGUUUGAUUGUUGAGAGGAAAUUUAUCCAUGCCGCUGGCUUGGUGGGGCACAUUGAAGAUAUUGCCAUUGAGAGCGGCCAGCAAGGAAAGAAGCUCGGCUUGCGCAUGAUCCAUGCUUUGGAUUAUGUUGCUAAAGAAGUUGGCUGUUACAAGGUAGGGUUGUCCCUUUUUACCCAGUAG